AUGGACGAGACCCACACGCGGACUCUGUUAUUUACAUCCAAAAGAGAAGCAUUAAGCCGCAUGGACGAGAUCCACAGGCAGAUUCUAUCACUUACAUUCCAAGGCGACACACCAAGGACCAGACAACAUCUACUGACAACGCUGUGGUAGAGCCUGUGCAGCGCGACUUUCACAAUAUUCACAUUCCUGGAAUCCUGACUAUCCUGGCAUUGUCUUUCCAUGACAUAUUUGAGGGCCUUGCUCUUGGCAUCCAGGAACGUAAUAUGGACGUGUAUUUCCUUUUUCUUUCUGUGGCCACCCACAAGUUUGCGAUCGCAUUCUCUGUCAGUUUGGACUUCCUGUUGUCGGGUGUGGACCCCAAGAUGAUUAUCCUGUACACAGUCAUCUUCUCGCUGGUGAAUCCCGGUGGGAUAGGCAUGGGCAUAGCUCUGAGUCUGCUCAGCAGAGAGGGUACCAUCCAUUCACCGAUGACGGUGACUAUGCAAGGUAUUGCAAGUGGUUCACUUAUUUACGUCACAUGUUUUGAAGUGCUCCAGCGCCACACGACACAAGAAAAUGGCAGCCACGUAAGCGGCAUUCGCAACACUGUUUUUGUGAUCUCGGGUUUUAUAUUCAUGCUUGGCAUGAAGAUUGUCAUGGGAGCACACAAUCAACACUUAACACACAAUCAUUACUUCGAAGGAAAAGCAGCUGGAAAUUCAACAGCAAGUUGGUGAAGUCAGGAAGAGAAUCUCUUUAACUUCUUAAGACGUAGAGCUUAGUAAAUUGAAGAAGCUAACUUACAAUCAAAGUAUUUGUUUUACCAUAGUUUUAGUAAACAUUUUCAUUGAUGUAUUUACAUUUGCUAUUUGUAAUAAAGUCAAAUAAAUGUAUCAGUUCGAAAAGAUUGAAAUCUAUAUAACAUUGAUCUAGUUUUUAAUUUCAUUACUAUUGUGGCAAGUAUACACAUAUUUAUUUAAUUUGU